AUGAGGCGAUUCUACUGGCGCAGCCUUUGCCUUUGCCUCAUUCCGCCGUUUGUCGCAGCCUACUUUCUCGUCAUCUGGCUGGUAUUCCUGCGCCGGAACUCCGAGACCUUGGCAUAUGGAUCAAUAAAGGAGUUUUGGAUCUUUUACUCCUGGUUCAUUAUAUCUGUUUUUGGCAUUGGAUGGUCAAAAUAUGGACUUGCUGGCGUGGAAGUGGCGAUGAUCCAAAGCGGUCAUUUCAUGGCCCCCGACAAGCCGACAUUCAAAACACAUAGCGGCUAUAGCUGGAGUGGACCAGAUGGCUGGCUGAAAUCCCUUCGUGAUCUAGUCCGAGGUCACCCAAUCCAUGCUCAUCGCCUGUGGUAUCUGCUGUCACUCAUCAGCUUGCUCCCCUUUAUCGCUUUUCCAAUUUCCGGACUUUGCAUGGAAUUGUCCGAUGGAUACCUCUUCUCGGCUGCUCACCCCACGACAAUCGGUUACAACUCGACAACCUUUAGCAGUAGACAGAACCUUCAGACUGUCAAACGGGGGAAGAGUCGUUGGGAAACAGGAUCGUCGGAUCGACUGCCUGGUAUUGGGAUCCUCUACACGCCUGAUUAUCUUUCGCGUGAUCAGGUAAACGGUCUUGAUGAGCUUCCGAAUAGCUUCCCUGCGAAUGGAUCUGUUCCAGAGCUCUUUGUCGCACCGCAGGCUCAGGUCCCCAUUGCAGGUCGUGUCUGGGGACUGCGUGUGGGAUAUAACUGCUCCGUGGUCGAUAACGUAUCACAGUUUACUAUUGUCACGGAUAAGAGGCGGAUGUCGAACCAGAAUGACGAGGCUGGGGGUCUUAUAUACGCCUAUAACAGCAGUUCGAACGCAGAACUCAGCUCAAAUCUCUUUGCUUACCUUGAGAUGGGGAUUAGCGACGCGUCUAACACGCUAGAAUAUGAUGGGACAGAGCCAAACACCUUCAAUCCUCGUGAUAUUUCCAAGACCGAUAUUCUCGAAUUGAUGAUUUGGCAAGUGAGAUGGUUAGUUGGCUAUGAAGCUCAAACUUCAGAAUUUAUCUUUAACGAUACAAUCAACGAGCCAGUGGUGGGUGCAGCCCAACCUAUCAUCCGUCAUUCCAACGGAACCUUCCAACCGAACUCGUCAUUUUUCGAUCCUAAGUUCAGCCAAUUAAAAACCGAAGACUAUGUGACCGAUGUCCUACCGAGGGCCGUAUCCCUCGCAGCCCCGAUCGGCGUGCGUUGUACUCGGUUCUCAGCGCUCGGUUAUGCAGACUUGGAUGCAAAAGCCAGCACCUUCCACAACUUCACCAUUGGUUAUCCCUCCUUCAACCAUAGUAGGCAAGAGGCCCUGGUCCAACGGUUUGGGUUUGUUGCCAACAAAAUCCUCCUGCAGCAAUAUUCCAACAUCUUCGAUUCCAUCAGCCUGCCGACUCGAACGACGUAUUGGAACUCAGUGUUGUAUCGCGGGUUCCUUCAGGCGCGGGAGCUACAGCAGUCGGUUAUGUUGGCACACGCAAUGGAUGCUCUUCAGUUUAUGUAUGACGGCGUAACCAGUUUCGAGUACUCGAAUCUUAAUCCAGACCUGACUUCCUCCCGCCCCGGCAAGGUGCUUACCCCAGGAAUUGUGCCUGCCAUAUGCCCGGCGAUAUUGUUUGUAGCAUGGGCGAUGGGAUGUCUGACGCUCGGGUUGAGAUAUGGGUUUGUUCCACGGCGGUCGAAUACAUUGGACUUCGACAGUCUGCUCAGCUUUGGGAGGAUUUUGAGGGCGGCGCCGGUGCAGGCUCUGGAGGCAUCAAGACAAAGAAUUAGUAGUGGUAAGGAGGUAGAUAAGGUGAGGGGAGGUAGGGGCAUACAUAAUACCAAACAAGAAUACAAUGGAAAGAGCCCUCUUCCGUCGUGA